AUGUUCGGUGCAAGCUUGUUAUUAGUGGUCCUUUGUUCGUUGCUUGGUCUGGAUGCUAGUGCGGCGGCUGGAUUACGCUUUCCGGGCCCUGUUUUACAGCGUCAAGAGGCCGCACCAUAUCCAGCAGCUGGUCUGACGCCAGAUCCGCCGUUUGAGUUGCCAACGGAGCAGGCGGCUGACUUUCCUGAGCCGGAUUUGACCUAUGGACCACCUGAGGAGGAGCCGGAACUUAUAUAUGGACCACCUGACGAGGUCUACGGUCCUCCCGAUGAGGUCUACGGACCGCCUGAUAAUACCUAUGGACCUCCGGCCGUAGAUGAAACUCCUGACCAGAUAUACGGUCCACCAGAGGCGCCUACGAACAUUGAUGGCAACAGUGCGGUACAGAGUGCAGCAAUCAUAAACCUGGCUAGCUUGCGGCCACAGGCACAGCUUAUACUACCGCUGGUGCAACGUUUUACCGCCUUCCGGCAGCUGCUGCGUCCCGUGCAGAGCCAACGAAGACCCGCAAAACUGACGGCGCGUCCGCAGAGAAGACCCGCUAAAAUUGUUAACGCUGCUUUCCCUGCAACCCAAUUGACUCUGCCCUUUCUGGAGCGUCGCAUUCCGUUUAGAGCGGAGCGCCUUAUUCUUAAUGCCCCUUUGAAAAGAAAGCCGGCUAAGAUAACCGUUAAUUCGCCUAUAUCUCCGAUAGCGCAGUUGACACCCGCUAUACGUAGGCCAAUAUAUUCGGGCGGUCGCAUUAUUGCCUAUUCUGUUCGAGCGCAGAAUUGGUAA